AUGACUAUAAUGGACCCAUUUGAAGCUAGAUUACAAUUCAUACAAAUUUUAGAGACUUUAAAUCCAUCAUCGAUGGCCAUGUCCAAAGGUGUAUCGUUCGCAUUAAAGAAUCAAGAACUUCAUGAAGAUUUCCACUCGUGUAUACUGGAAGUUUUAGAUAGAAUAGAUUUGAAUUCAAGAAUCAAUGUAUUAUAUUUCAUAGAGUCCUUAGCAUCCUCUGUUAUCAACAACCCAGUUAAAUCAACUAAUGGAAAUGGUCCAUAUAUUAAUAAUUUAAAAAAUGAUUUCCCAAUAAUAAUUAAAAAAGUUGUACCCAACCAAAAUCUAAUCAAUUUGAAAAGUACAUCAGAUAUAUUAACAAAUAUGGAAAAUCUUUAUGAAGAUCAUAAUGAAGAAUUAAGGAAUUUGUUUCAAGAUAUUUCUCUUACAAACAUUGAUCAUGAAGUUGAUAUAAAAGAAGAUGAAUCAGGUUUUAAAGGUGCUUGGAGAUUUUUAAUAAUAAAUAAACAAAAUGGUUUAAAACAAAGAUUAAAACAACUAAAUGGUGAAGUCGUGGAAAAUAAAUCAGAAGUAGAUGAAAAAAUAUUUACUAAAGAUCAAAUAUUAAUGAGAAUCGAGGCUGAUAGAGAACGUCAUAAAAGAUUUAAGGAAGUUAAUUGGAUAGUUAAUAGACCAAGCGGCAAAGUUGAAAUGAAAGAAUUCGAAAAAAUAUGGAAUCAAUAUGGUGAACUUGCUGAAGGUGAUUAUCAAGAUUUAAAAGAAUUGAAUGAUAUCGCAAAAGACAGUUAUCAAGUCAACUAA